AUGUUCUUUGAAGAGAAGAGAAGCCAGGUCGUGCCCGCAAUGUUAAAGGGUCUAAAAAAUGCAGAUGAUAAGGGGACUAUUGAUGAGAUCUCGUCCGGGGCCAGCGUUGGGCCCGCAAAGAUAUUUGGGGCCGCUAGGUCGAGGCAAAUGCUGUGGAGGCCCGAGAUGUCCACUCCAGUUCAGAGAUGGAGAAAAUCGUGCUACUGGAAGUUGCAGGGCAUAGCUGAAGAGAAGGCGAGCUUGGGCAAGGGCUUCUCGAGCGCCGCAACAACGAUUUCGUCGAGAAAGGCUUUGAAGAAGGACGACUCAGUUCUGAAUUCGGUCAAACCCAAGAAACUGUUCAGGGAACACGUGGCGAACCGCAAGAAGCUGUCGAGGCCCGAGAGGAAUGUGGCUAGCCGGUACAACAAUUUGAACUCCGGUCAGAUCCCCUCAGUGGGAAAUGAAUCCUUGCCGGAAAGGGAUGAUGGUUAG